AUACUACCAUAAUAAAUAAAUGUGUGUGUAUAUAUAUAUAUAUAUACAUAUAAUUGGAAACGUAAUUAUAUUCCGAUAUUAUUACCGGAAUUGGUGUUUGUGUAUGGUGACAUAGAAAUUGAAUGCUCAAACGGCGUCGUGGUAAUUGAUUUGAUUUGAUUUGAUUUCAAUAGAUAUGCAGCCGCCGUGGUGGCAUAGGCUCCCGGUAAUUGCAGCAGCCAAAACGGCAACGUGCUGUGGUGCUGUAGCUGCAGGACUCAACGGCCGCCUCCUAACGACAGCUCAGCCCUCUAAUAUUCCACCACUUACGCCUAAGACGACGUCGUUGCAGCUUCCGAACUCAAAUACCUCAACGACUACGCUGUCUUCUUCUUCUUGUUCAUCAUCAUCAUCAUCAUCUUACUCUGUUGCUGUUUCUGUUCUCGUUUCCACUCCGCCCAUUAGAGCAACUCCUGAACUGGGCCUCGUUUCUCUUCUCUUUGUCCUCUCCACGGCUUUUAUUGCGCUCAUCUCCCUUGCUGUGAUUUCCAUUCCCACUAUGAACGCUUUUAGAAGAUUGGAAGCUUCAGCAAACCAACUGUCCGAUAUAGUCUCCCAGGAGGUACCCGGAACCUUGUUUUCUCUCAAACUUUCUGGCCUCGACAUUCACGAAUUGACCCAACAGCUUGCAAUUCUCAGGGAGAAGAUUUCUGCAAGGCGCUAUGCAAACAAAAAGCAGAAGCACUAGUACUAAGUAAGAAGCCAAAACUUCAUUUGGGAGGAGCUAAUUUCCUAGUUUCUUAUAAGUUAAUAACUAACCAGAAUUUGUAUUUUAAUGUACAAGUACGAAGGAAUCAUUGGCAUUUGCUACUAUACAUCUAUAUAUAUAUAUAUGUAUAUGUAUAUGUAUGUAUACAUAAACUGGAAGAUUGCUUCUUUAUGAGCCGAUAUGAAAAGCAUGUAAAAUGUAUUUAUCUUUUAAGCUUUAAAAUUGAUGGGAUUGAGUAAGAAUAUCGGUAACUAACACUCAACAUGUUUAUGA